AUGUCCAGUGAGAAGAAGGAACCCCAAGGGGAAGAUGCCUCGUCGAAAACCAAGUCACUGUCGAAGCUCCAGAGGAAUAAAGACGAAGCUGCUCCUGAAGUAGAAGAAUGCUUCUAUGCAUCCCCCAUAUACGACUUUCUUUACCCAUUUAGAUCACCGGGUAGCCAAUGGGUUACUGAAUAUAUUAUUGUGGUCUUUUUACUGAUCAUUAAAUCUGCCAUUGGACUGGGCUCGUACUCAGGUUUUCAGACACCUCCUAUGUUUGGCGAUUUUGAAGCACAAAGACACUGGAUGGAAAUCACACAGCAUCUGCCUGUAUCGCAGUGGUACUGGUUUGAUUUGCAGUAUUGGGGUUUGGACUAUCCACCUUUUACUGCUUAUCAUUCCUACCUUCUAGGCAAAAUUGGAACUUUCAUCUAUCCGCCAUGGUUCGAGCUUGAUGCAUCCCGAGGUAUGGAGACUGACGGCAUAAAGAGUUAUAUGAGAUUUACGGUACUGUUGAGCGAAUGUAUUUUUUACAUCCCUGCUAUUGUUUAUUUCACCAAAUGGGUUGGUAGACGCAAAAAACAGUCACCAAUUGGACAGUUUGUCGCUGCCGCGGCAAUUCUAUUCCAACCAACAUUGAUGCUAAUUGACCACGGUCACUUCCAGUAUAAUUGUGUUAUGUUGGGAUUAACCGUUUAUGCGAUUAAUAAUUUACUGGAUGGGUUUUACGCCAUGGCCGCUGUCUGCUUCGUUUUGUCGAUAUGCUUCAAACAAAUGGCCCUAUAUUACGCCCCAAUCUUUUUUGCUGUGCUCCUCAGUAAGUCCCUGUUUUUCCCCCGACUGUUUAAUAUUCCAAGGUUUCUCUCGGUGGCAUUUGCGACACUAGCGUCUCUGUUUGUCAUGUUUGCGCCGCUGUACAUAUUUGGUGGAGUCGGUAACGUACUGCAAUCGAUCCAUAGGAUCUUCCCCUUUGCCAGAGGAAUCUUUGAAGAUAAGGUCGCCAAUUUUUGGUGCGUAACCAAUGUUUUCUUCAAGUAUAAAACGAUGUUUACUCAAUCAGAGCUACAAUUCUACUCGCUUGUUGCCACCGUUGUAGGGUUCUUUCCCGCUUUUAUGAUUAUGAUAUUCUACCCCAAAAAAUUCCUGAUCCCAUAUGGUUUGGCCGCUUGCUCUAUGGCUUUCUUCCUUUUCAGUUUCCAAGUGCAUGAAAAGACAAUUUUGGUCCCCUUGCUGCCUGCCACGUUACUGUUCACAUCCACAAAUUGGAAUAAUCUAUCGAUGGUGUUCUGGGUGAACAACGUCGCUCUUUUCACACUGUGGCCAUUAUUAAAAAAGGACGGCUUAUGGUUGCAAUACUGCGUGUGUUUGGUAAUGUACAAUUGGCUGUUGGGCAAUUUCAGUUUUAUUACACCAAGAUUCCUACCCAAGAUCUUGACGCCAGGGCCAUCGAUAAGUAACAUCGCAGAGAACUACCGUCGCAGAAGCCUUCUUCCACAUAACAUUAUUUGGAAGAUAAUAAUUCUGGUAUCAUACCUGUGUAUGCUGAUGAUCCACGUCCUAGAGUACACAAUCGCCGCCCCAUCACAGUAUCCUGACUUAUGGGUCCAACUCAACUGCACCGUCGGGUUUGGUUGUUUUGUUUUAUUCUGGAUGUGGACGUACUACAAGCUAAUCACUCUACGAAACAAAACAAUUCAAGAGCUAUGA